GAGACAAGACGUGAACCAAUAUCAAAAUUUCACAAUCCGCCCAAACGAAUCUGUUUACCACCAGGCUCUCAAAAUUCAAACUCAUUUGCAACCGGUCCUGCCCAUCCCAGCGCUGCAACUGCAACUGCAACUGUACAAGCUCCGAGCAACCCAAUCGCCGACGGACAGUCGCCGCAAGCAAAAUUUACCACUUCAUCAUCAUAUAUAUGGCAAGGAAAAGAGGUAGGAAACCUGUAAAGCAAGUUGCCUCGUCACCCGAACCAGAUUUAAAUGUUGCCGAUGAUAAGGAGCCCCAGAUUGAGAAGCAAGAAGCUCAAUUCACAGACCCAGAUGUUGAGCGGCAAAUAUCUGCCAUUAGGGCUAUUCGUGAUGUGGAGAUUGAACAUCUGCUGACUGAAUUGCGUUUGCUCCGCUCCUAUUUCACCAAGGAACAGCUGCAAACCCCUUUAUUGCAAUUUUUUAAAGACAACUAUCAAAACCUGUCGAUUGUAUCAAAUGGAGAAAAUGGACAGAUGGAAGUCCAAUGGCUUGUUAAAGACGGAAAUGUGUCCAUGAAUGAUGGAAUAGAUUUACAUAAGACUCUUUUUCGCCGGUUGUCCAUGGCUUAUUCUGGCUGCUCAGCUGCAAUCCCGCCUUUAGGUGGCUUUGAGUUUUCUAGUAAAGCAGAGAGAACAAGCAUUCUGGGAGCUGAUAAUCUUCAGAUCAGAGACUUUGUUUCUGAGGAGACAUUUGAUUCUCUGAUGCUUGGGAAGCAAGAUACUCUCCAAACUCCUGGGGUUAGUAGCCAAAGGCUGUCUAUUGGGAUGACACCCAAAACGGUAAGGUUCCCAAAGCCUGGGGAGAUGCUUUUAUCUGUCCAUGGCUCACCUCUCGGUGUUUACAAGGAAGACAACAUGGAAGCCAUACAUGAGUCGGAAGAGGGAUGAAUGGCUUCAAAUUGCUCGAGUAGUGAAUCAUGAUUCAAGACUCUGCAUUACUUGCCAAACCAAGGUUCUUUAAUUUACUUUGUAGCAUUGUGCUAAGAAGCACUACUCUUGGACCUAAAAUUGCUCGUGUGGUACUGACUCUUUUGAGACUUGAUUUAUGUGAAACAUAUUUUAGCAUUUUCCGCUUAUAUAAUUUAUCUGUUCUUUUU